UUGUGGUUUUUCUUUGCUCAAUCGCAUUGAUAUUUUUUAUAUGUUUUUGAUUUUGUGAACUUUUGAAUGAUUACUUGUAGAUGUUAAGAUUACAUGUCCAAGUUCGGUGACUUUGAGGAUUGCAUCGUCAUGAAGGUGUUUUGCUUUUCAAUUACGAGUCAUCAUCUGAAAAACUUGUUUUUGUGUGUUUAGGAUCGAUCAACUGGAAGAUCUCGUGGCUUUGGAUACGUCACCUUUGCUUCAUCUCAAGAUGCUUCUUCCAUUGGCAUAACUGUGAUGAGUGCUUUGUAGGAAGGACGCUCUGAAAUGUGAACAUGUUUUGGGGAACAGAAUCUUGGAAGUCAAAGUUGCUACACCAAAGGAAGAGAUGAGACAGCCUGCCAAAAAGGCGACAAGGAUCUUUGUUGAGAGGUAUGGUGAAAUCACUGACCUGUACAUGCCUAAGGACCCAAAGAGAAGUGGACAUAGAGGUUUCGGGUUCGCUACCUUUGCUGAAAACGGUGUUGCAGAUGUGUAUCCCGGAGAUCUCAUGAAAUCUGUGGACAAGAGUUGGGAUAUGGAAUGCCGAGCGCAAGACAAUCAAGAUCAGACUGGAGGUACCGGCCAUACUAAUAAUGCACACCUUACAAACAUUAUCAUUGAGCUUUUGGCUUUGUCAGUUGUAUUGAAACUUCACUUGUCAGAUAGAUUUAUUGAAUCCUCAAUGAUCAAUUUAUUUGUUAUGUUUCUUUCCCUUUGGGAAUAACUGAAACCUGCUUUCGUGAUGGUAUUACUAACGCUGGGAUUUUUAACCGAACAGAACCGACCCAAAAAGUUUAGCAAUACCAAUUUUUAACCAAAAUUCCAAACCAAACUAACAAAAAUCCGAAUCGAAAU